UAACCAGAGGGCCAUGGGCAGCGGCAUGGACUGGCCGCCUGAGGGUCUGGGUGGGAUUGUACUUGGAUAGGCAUCCUGUGCCAUUGCAGCUGCACAGCUAUCUUUAGCAAACUAGCUCGAUGGAAGCUAGCUCAGGUCUGCCUUCACAUGCUGCAAUCGUGCCUCGAAAUUGCUGUGUAAACAUCCCCUUAGAGUUGAAUAAUUGCUUUUUCAUCUUAACAUCCAAAGGAUCAGGAACCUGGAACUGCAUCAAGAUCCACUAGUUUGGAGUCAGUAGGACUCCAAAUGGAUGCAGAAGUCUAACACAUUAUAUGAGAGUCACCCAAUCAAGGACACAGUCACCCAAGCUGGCCUGAACAAUGCUGUCACUCCAGUCACUUCUCAUACUUGCAACAGCAGCUGUUUUUUUGGUGACAUGUCAUGCUGAGGAGAAGUGUGCAGGAGCUCCUGGAAUUCCUGGUACCCCAGGAGUCAAUGGAUUGCCUGGAAGAGAUGGAAGAGAUGGUAUGAAAGGAGAUCCAGGCCCACCAGGUCCUCAGGGGCCACCGAGUGGCAUGGUAGGUCUUCCCGGAAGAGAUGGGCUUCCUGGGGUUCAAGGGCCCCAGGGUGAAAAAGGCAACAAGGGGGAGAGAGGGGAGCCUGGACCACAAGGCCUGCCUGCUUCUGUUGACCCUGAAUUGCAAGAAAGCCUCCAGUUUUUAAAACGUCGAAUUACCAGACUGGAAGGAGUCCUUACUUUGGAAGGAAAAAUAACAGAAGUGGGGGAAAAAAUUCUCGCUACCAAUGGGAAAGAAGUGAAUUUUGAAACCACAUUAAAAGCGUGUGAACAUGCUGGUGGCUCCAUCGCCAUCCCUAGGAACAAGGAGGAGAACGAUGCUAUUUGGGAUAUUGUGAAACAGUUUAACAGAUAUGCUUAUCUGGGCAUAAGGGAGAGUGAUGUUCCAGGUGAAUUCCAUGAUCUGGAUGGGAAACCUCUGAAUUAUACCAACUGGCGCGCAUAUGAGCCAAAUGGCAAAGGAGGGGAAAACUGCGUAGAGAUGUACACUGAUGGCGGCUGGAAUGACAAAAAAUGCAACCAGUACCGCCUCACUAUCUGUGAAUUUUAAAGCAUAUUCUUUCAGUUAUUUCAUAGGGCAGAGUCCAUGCAAUAUUCUGUGUCUCAAACAUAAACAGGAGCUUGUUCUCUCAGCAUUAUAGCUAAUGUCGUCUGUGAUUAUUUUAUCUGAGAGAAACAAAAUCAUGGUGUAAUAUUUUCCUUCCUCAUGCUUACUAAGGAAAUAGUAACUAUCGAAGGUGAUUGAUCUGUAACUAGAACUAUCCCUAAUUUGACAGGGGGUUAACGAUAGUAACCAAACUCUGCCUUUUCUCACUGUGGCUGAUUAAGCUCCAGGUAAGGAUUUCAGGGUUUGGCUUAAUGUGUUUGAGGAGUCCCAUGCUAAAAUAACUUUGUACAUUCCAUUGUAGUUACAUGCCUGGAUAAUGCAGCAUAUGCUAUGCAACAACCUUAGAGGAACAGGUCUCAAUCCUGGAAGGAAAUGCACACAGGUAUACUUCAGUGGAGAAAUACAUGGUGGAUCCACCUUUAUGCAUCUCUUUGCAGGACUGAGGCCAUACUGUGUAUUAAGAAACCCUGCAAUAAAAUUCAACUCAGUUAUUAUAAAGGGAGACCACAACAAAAGCCCUCGAAAUCAUAGAUCAUUUAGCUAUACUGCAAGCUGCCCAUUUUGUUUAUUGUGUCAAAUACCAUGUUCCCCUAUAGCACUAUAGAAAUAGUCAUUUACAGUAUUUUACAGUUCUGUCAAGACUCUUCCAUAUCAUACUAACCACUGACAAAUAAUAUCAUUCUGAUGUGUAAACUGAAUAGAUUUGAUACACCCACACAAACCACAUGCACAUCUGACCACCAUUAUCAGACCAGCAAAGGCAAGGUUUGAGAAGAGGGCUGCCAGCAGUGACAUAGGUCCUGAUCCAAAGCCCAGUGAAGUCAAUGAGUGUCUAGCCGUUGAUUUCAAAGAACUUUGGCUCACAUCACCACCACCACUACUACUACUUGGCAUUCAGCUUGAGUAACUGGACUGGGCAUUGAGAAUCCUCAUAAGCAGAAGGGGGUAAGAAAUUUCUCAUACACUUCCCCACCCUGUGGAGCCAGCUUCCCAGGAGUGUCCUCAAACCAUUCUCUCACCAAUGCAGGGAGAAAAGGAGGUACCACAAGGUAUACAGAGCAACAGACUCUCUGGUCCUAUCUUCUCCUGUUCCCAAGAUCUUCCUAGAUGUUGCUACACAGGGAGCCUGCAUAGUGUUGGACUCUACUCCAUGCCAGGGAGUGAUCUUUUUCCUAUCCUACACUGUAGGGACUCCUCUGUAUGGCCAAUUCAUACAGUGUGCUUCAGCAAAACUUUGAGUUCCAAUAUUAGGGAAUGGGCUAGUUUUUUGGGAGUAAAGGAGGGGUCUCUUGUACAGGCCCAUACACAGCAAAGGUCUCCAGCCAGUCUAAGAAUGUGCAACAUGACUGCUACUUCAAAACUGGCAUAGAAUAGCAACUCUUGAUAUAAUGUCCACUAUGUGGGCUUCAAAAUGUUGACUCUUCACUUGCAAAAUAACCUCUUUAAAGUCCUAUUGUUGUCUUGGCCAAAAAUAUGCCUGCUAGAAUGGCAUAGAUUCUGUGAAGAAGAAAGAUUUAUUAUUCUACAGACAAAACUCUCUUGGCUUUAUCUACCUUUGAUUAUCACAGUGUAGCCACUUAGUUCAUUUUAUCUUUUUAUUACACAGCUGGAAGGACUUUCCUUUCAUAUAUAACGAUUGCUGGAUAACACCCGUCCUUGUGAUAAAUAGGUUUAAGAGGGGUUAUACUUCCAAAAUCAAAUACAGACCUGGAAACAGCAGGAAAUCUGCCCCUUUUGAAGGACUUCAGCAUAGUAUCAAAACCAAAGUCUGAUGCUGAGGCUGCCGUGGUUGACUUAACAUAGGGUUCAGCCCGAGUACCUGCAUCUCCCCAGUGACCGCUUUUCUUUGAUGUGGAUGCAUGGGAUACCAGGCAGCAGGACCUGUCUGCUCUCUAGAGUUUCUCUCAUUUUCUCCUGUUGUUUUACAGCAUCUGGAUGAGUGGGUUCUCUUCUCUUAGAAGCCAUGAAAGGAGCAAUGUUUUGUGGUGCUGAAAAACACCUAGGGAGACAGUGUGGUUCAUUAGACUGGACUGGGACUUGAGAGCUUGGGUGAAAUUUUGGUGCCCCUGAAGUCAAUACCAAAACCCUGGUUCUGUUUCUUGUUCUGCUGCUGACAUGCUGUGUGACCUUGGGUGAGUUGUUUCCCUUCUCUGGGUCUGUUUCUCCUCCCAAUCUUUGCCUUUCCUGUCUGUUUGGAGUGAAAGUUAUUGGGCACAAGGGUUGUCUCUUAAUAUUUGUAUGCACUGUGCCUCUAGGUACUACUGUAAUACAAAAAUAGUAAUAAGAAAAAAUGAAGGACACUCUAGAUCUCAGAGGCCCUGCUGUCUAUAUCUGAGAUGGACAAGGUUUCUUGUACCGUUCCUUUUUGAACCUCCCCAAAUGUGCAGUUUCUUGACUCCUCGAAUGCACCAAAACCAAUUUAGAUAAACACCUGAAGUUCGAGGCCUUUCCUAAAUCUUUUUCAGGUUCAACCAUCGUUAAUAAGAUUAUUACAUUCUCCUAACCAUUGCAGGAGUGGUUAUGUGAACUGAUGGAUUAAAGUUCAUGAAAACUGA